CGAACACUGUUUACCUUAGUUUCCUGUGAUUACAAUCGCUUAGCUGUAAAUUGCAUCAGCUGUGAAUAUCUACACUGUCCAGGAUGCGCAGUUCACACGAGUUCAAAACGUUAGGAUCGCGGUUGUUGGAACUUUUUAAAUACUUCUUGGUCGUGAGUUCUUGAUGAUUCGAAUUGCUGUUGAGCAGAACAGUCCGAGUUCCGCCAUGUCUGUAAGCACUUAGCUCGCUGGUCAGCUGAGCUUGAAGAUGCAGCCGCUUUUAGAUAAGACUAUACGGCGGAUACGAGUUGGCUUGGUUUAUUUCGUUAGUUCCUAGAAUUAAGAUUAUAGUGUAAACCGUCGGGUAAUACGACGCCUUAUAACUUUAAAAGCAGAGCAAAAGCUGUCGUGCAUUUCACUCUGAAGUGACCGAUACAAAUGGUCUCCGAAACUGCUUGGAAUUGGAGGAAGUUUGACUGCGUUUGCAGCCGCGACCCGGAGGAGCGAGCGUCAGCUAUGGACCUACUGUCGCAGACCGUACUGAGCUGUCAGGAGGAAGAAGGAACCGUCACAUUUUCUGACAGCGAGUCUAUUCCGGACCACCAGAAGAUGUUGGUCCUACUUCUGCGCUUGUCUCUUAGCUGUCCAUUCAGAGACAUCCGGGAAAAAACGGCGUUGUUGCUUCGGAUUGCACAGGACAGAGGAAUACAGGUCCCACGUGUUCUUGGUAAAGGACCAAGCUUCUUUAUACCCUUAAAACAGAUCAUGGAAGAGGGUGUUGAAAGUGAUCAUCAGCUUCUCAUAGAGGCCUUUGUUUCAAUGGGACGAGUGGACAACAUUACCACAAUUAUGGGGUUGCACCCUAAAUAUCUGGCCUGUUUCCUCCGGACCCGGCACUACCUUCUGCAGAUGGAUGGCCCCCUGCCAUACCCCUGCCGCCACUAUAUUGCUAUCAUGGCUGCUGCCCGACACCAAUGCUUGUAUUUAGUUCAGUUACAUGCAUCGGAGUUUCUUCAAGUUGGAGGUGAUCCCCAGUGGCUUAAUGGCCUACAAUAUUGUCCUAGAAAGCUGAGGAAUCUAAAUGAGUUGAAUAAACUACUUGCUCACCGGCCAUGGUUCAUCACAAAGGAUCAUAUUGAGGCCCUUUUAAAACCUGGCGGAGAGAGUUGUUGGUCCCUGGCUGAGCUGAUCCAUGCCAUCGUUCUUCUCACUCACUACCACUCAAUGUGCUCCUUCGUUUUUGGCUGUGGAGUUAACCCUGAACCUGAUCAAGAAGGGGGCUUUGCCUUCCGUCCCCCAUCUCCUUGCCAGACUGAUAGCCCUGGAGCCGAGGAAGGGGGUGGAGGACCAAGGUCAGGAGAUGCUCUACAAGAGGUGGAGGCUCUCAUGAGGAAGAUGAGGCUGCUGCAGCAGCAAGAGGAAGAGGCCAGCCAAGAAGAGAUGGCAACACGAUUUGAGAAAGAGAAGAGGGAAAGCUUGCUGGUUACUCCUGAAGAUGAAGAUCGACAUUUGCUCUCUGCCAACGUCUCCUGCUUUGUGGAGGAUCCAGACUUUGGGUAUGAAGAUUUCACUCGUCGUGGUGAGCAAGGCCCGCCAACCUUCAGAGCCCUGGACUAUUCCUGGGAGGAUCACGGCUACUCCUUAAUAAACCGCCUUUACUCUGAUGUUGGUCAGCUUCUGGAUGAGAAGUUCCAGGUUGUCUGCAACCUCACAUAUAACACCAUGGCUAUGCAUAGUGGUGUGGAUACCUGCAUGCUGCGCAAAGCCGUGUGGAAUUACAUCCAUUGUGUGUUUGGAAUCCGCUAUGAUGACUACGACUACGGUGAUGUGAACCAGCUCCUAGAGCGAAGCCUAAAGGUCUACAUUAAAACGGUGGCCUGCUAUCCAGAGAAGACGACUCGCCGAAUGUACAACAGCUUCUGGAGGCACUUCCGACAUUCGGAAAAGGUGCACGUCAACUUGUUGCUUCUGGAAGCCCGCAUGCAGGCCGCCCUUCUCUAUGCUUUACGUGCCGUGACCCGCUACAUGACGUGAGCCGGGCUUCCACCAGUUUGCACCUACCUCAGAUCCACUACUCUGCAGCUGGAUUGGUGGGACAGACUGCACGAUGGCAGCAGGGUUUACAGGAGGAGGGACUCUGGCCUUUUUCUUGGCUCUUUUCACAUUCUCAUUCAGUCGCCUGAUCAGUCCCGAGGUGGUCCGGGAGGCCUGAAUGUUUGUUUGGGAGUCUCUAAAAUGCACAAAGGGGUUUGUUGGCAUACCUUAAAUUUUCUUCCCCGUAAGCAGCUGGAGGGGUUAGAAAUUUUUUUUUGUAUUUUUUUUUUUUUCCUUUGUGGUAGGGUUGCUUUGCUGUUUGGAUACACUCCUUUUAUUAUGAUCAUUUUUGUUCUUAAUUGUGGAAAAUAAGAAUUUUAUUUUUGUGUUUAUCCCCAUUUUGUGUUUUGCAUUUGACAGCUUUAUAGGAAGUAGAUUUAAGUAGUUAUUAAUGAGGCCCAUUCAUGGAGAAAAUGUCAGUAGCUACCAUGAUUAAGUGGAAGGGUCUUCAUGUUGGCACAUCUGUGAGGGCUUUUACUGAGUCUGCCAAGAUGUCAGAAUAAUGAAAACCUCCUUGUGAUGGGCAGAGGACAGCGGCGUCUCAAUAGUAUUUAUGUCAGGCCUGUCCCUUUAAAGAGUCCAUCAUAUCACCAUGAGGGACUCUCAGUUGUAUUUGUUUGCCACAGCAUUUUUUUUUUCUUUCUUUAAUUUUUUUCUUUUUUUAAAUCACAGACACUUUAAUGAUGGCAAGUGGAGUCAAACUUGUAAGUAAUAAGCAAUGCUGAGAUUUGGAGAGGUGGUUUGAAUUUUCUUGUCACAAUUAAGGCACUCUCUUGUUUUCAAUUUUUCCAUUUUAGUUUGUUUGUCCAGGAGUGUGUCGAGGCACACGGCCUGCCUUAGAAUCGGGGGAUGCUGCCAUCAUAGGGUUUUUUAUAUAAAGAAUCCUGAUGUUGAGUUUUAGUCAGGAAUCACUCAGCAACUACUUGUCAUGGUAGUCCUGGCUUAUUACACUUUCAUCAAAGUUCAUAAUAGCGUGCAGGACAUUCACCAAUAUGGACACUGAUUGUAGCAUUAUGGGUCUGGGGGACGUGUCCUCUUACCUUGUAUUUGCACUGGUGAUGGUAUUUAAUUUUUUUGUGUCUCUUCUUGAUUGUUGUGACUUUGUUUUAACUUUUUUUUUUCUUUGCACUUUUUUUUUUUUGUUGAAUUCAUAAAUUGUAAAGCUGAGGAAUUUUUUAAACAAAAAAAACAGGUAAUCUUUUCUGUUUUUGUAGCGUACCUAAUUCACAAAUGUCCCAUGUACUUUGUGUGUGUGUAUGUGUGUAUAUGUAUAUGUAUGUACAUUUUUUUUUCCUUUAGGGCACAAUGUUUCUGAUUUUGAGCAGGAGUAUCCAGCUCUUCUGGGUUAUGAUUCUGUGAAGUCGAUUGUUUACACUCUUUGCUAUAAUUUCAUAUAUGCACCACAAUUUAGCACACAGGUGGUUGUUGGUUGUUCUGAUAAACAAAAUGAAACUCCUAAUCAGAGUCCGUCAAAGCUCACUGGGGUCAAACAAACACCCGUACACCAUAAAAAAAGAAAUAAAGGAGUCACACUAACAUCUGGACUUGGUGGAUUACAUCUGGUCAGCCAGACUGUUUACUUGCACUCUGAGUGGGGGGAGCUGUUAUAUGCAAUUGCUGACCACUCCUCUGUGUGCUGAAUUAAUAACUGAGAAUGUGACGUCUUGUGGUUGCACAUCUCCUUUUGGUUUUUUCUUUUUCAUCCUUUUAUUGACUGUGCAAUAAUAAGUGAUUGUUGAGCUAGGUGAGGUCUCCAAACAGGUGUCCAUCCUAGGUGACCUCUGUCUGCUAUGACCUCAUUGUUCAUUCCUGAUGCUUUCUUGACCUUUGGACCCGCUGCCUCAUUUACUGUGUUGAUCCUUUUUAACUCCUAAUCAUGGAGAGGUGAUCCCUCUGGCUUUGUUGACGUAUGAUAAGAAGGCAGUUUGCUGAAGCAUUAAUUUGUGAGGUGCUAUAGUUAGUGAAAAUUAUAUUAUUAAUACAGCAUUAGUAGUUGAAAAUAUAUUAGGAUUUAGCUUGCUUGAACAGCAUUUUGCGUGACAGUGACUAGAGUAACUGGCUUUGAGGUGGGAGUUGCAGUGCUGACUGAUGCUCUUUCUCCACUUGUGCUUUCGACUUUUUAGAUUAAUGUGGUGAUUUCCAUCUGCCUGUCUUGGUGUGUCUAAUAAAAUUAUAAGAACUGUAAUAUCAAUGUGGGCUUGUAAAGAAAUGCAGGAAAGAUGCUCCUAUAGAAUGUGUCCGAUGUUAAAGUGAAGCAAAUUUGAGUCUUGAAGCCAAAUCGAUACACGCAAAGUGGGCCCCUGCACAACUUCAGUUUUAGCCGAGGCGUCCUGGGAUUGAAAUGCUUGACUCUCAAAGUAAUUUAGCAUCUGGACAAUUACUAUUUAAAAAAAAUAUAUGUAUUGAAACUCCUACGGUUCCAUGAGGUGUGCGGUGACAUAUAUAUAUAUAUAUACACCGGGUGGGAAACCAAAUGGGAAUUGGCACUGUAGCAGUUGGACUAGUAGGAACAAGGCAGGCACGUGUUCUUGUAUGCCCGAUAACAAUUGCUAAACUUGGAUUAUAUAUAAGGGGGUGUGUAUUCUAACUUCAGUCAGAUGCAAGGUGACUCUGGGAAAUCAUGAAUUUACUGAUUGAGUUCCAGUCGUGCUGGGACAGACUGCUGGAGCACCCGAGGCUUGAAUGUUGGCAAAACAGGUUUGGGAAAUAUAAGGAUGUGUUUGUACAUUUUUGGAAAUAUAUGGAGAGGGGUGUGUGUGUUUUUGUAUUUGUAUAGUUUGUGUAAGUUUGUGUGUGUGUGUAUUUAAUAUACCCACAGAGAUAGAUAAAUAGGUAUUAUACCAGCCUUCAGUCAUUUUGAGCUUUAUGAUGGGCUUUUGGAAACCAUCCACCAUGACGGGUGGGUAGGCGAGUAAAGCGGCACAGUGUUGAAGCCAAGUCUUGCAGAUCAAAGAACCGUCUUGUCCUCGUGGCAGGCGAGUCUUUUUUUCUUUCUCUAAAUGUUGUAUCUGCAGUGUUACACUUAGACUACAUGAUUCUGUUCUGCCACAGCACACACUCUGUAUAUUUUUUAAAAGCUGCUGCUCACCUGUCCUGACUUCUGGACUUUAAUUGUUGCCACUUGAAUGCCCCCCAAGCUCCCCAUCUUUAUUUUAAAGCUACUGCACUAUCACUGCACACCAAGUUCCAUGAAGGAGAUUUGCAGGUGUCUAUUAUGACUGGAAUAUUAAUAAUUGUGUUAAUUGUAAAAAAUUUUGGAAUGAGGGGAUGCUGCAGACUUUUUCUUGCUCCUCUGCAGGUCUGUCUGUAGUGCGUCAGUUGACUCUUUUGUGUGAAGAGUCCAUUGUUUUGCUUUUCAGUUUUUGUUUAAUGUUGAAGGUUUAUUUUUUCCUUUGUAAUUUGUAUGUACAGUUUUAAAGGUUUAUAAUCUUUAAAAUAAAUAAAUUGUAUAUUCUUCAAAAAAAAAAAA